AUGUAUAGUCACCUGCCCUCUAAUGCCAGCUGGACCUCCUCAUCGCGUGUAUUGCCUCCUCCGGAGCCUGAGACCCGUACAAUAAACCCUCACGUCCUGCACGACUAUCCGCAUAAACGACCUCGACUGUCCGAACCGACUCAUACUGCGAAUGCACCAAUAUACUCGACUAGUCAGCUUCACCCCUUGUCAACGCACCCAUCUCGCGCAUCUUCUCCAUCAACGCUGCAGAUCGACCCCGUGCUAUAUGACACAGCUCCAAGCACACUGCCGUCCCCGCCUCCCUCGCGUAUCUCCCGGCCUUCCCCUCCUCAACCGCCUCCCUCACAACCUCCAUCAUCAUCGUUCGACUGGGAAGACUGGAUCACCCGUCGUCUAGACGGUACACCUGCUACGCCCUCGGAGUCCUACAUUCAGCGUGAAGACUUGCUAUGCGAAUUCCCCAGCCGGGAUAACCUACGUGCCGCUUUGGUCUUGGUGCAAGAUGCCGUCGAAGGCGCAAAAGCGAGGAGGGCACAAGCGGAGGAAGAUCUGAGAGAUGCGCAGAGGAGAUUGAUGCAGGCUGAUGGCGACCUUGUGUUGCUAGGCAGCGUGCAGGCGUGGAUGGGGGACGAGCUUGCGAGACCGCCAACUCCCAAGUCUUUCAUGAAGGAAGAGGACGAAGACGAAGACUUGCUGCCGUAUACGCCUGUCACGCCCUCCGAACCUCCCAAGUCCGCUCCUACCUCUGCCAAGAACCCGAAAUCCAAGCCCAAACGACCGCGCGCCAGCCGCUCGCAUGCUGAUCCGAAUCGCGCACGCGUGCGCUCGACUCUUGCACCUAAUGGGCCCUCGUUCAUUGACGUCGGCACACCUGAGGAUCUAUGCGCGAAGUACAAAGCACUGCUCCUGUGGGGGAGCUACAGGAAGGUCACCGGGGAGGGCCGGUAUAGGAUAUGGCCGCCCAGACGAGAUGAGGGAGGGGAAGAGUCUGACGAUCUGGUGUUCGUUACACCCGAGAACGUCUACGAGGUCCCUCCGCACCUCUCCUGCCCGCACUGCCGCACCUCGAAACGCUUCCGCAAGAUCCCCGGCUCCGAUUUCGACCUGAAAGCUCUCCCUCGAUGUCUAUGGCUCACAGAUAGCAAUCGACCAUGUUGCUUGAUCUGCCAUCGCAGUAGUAGUCACAAGAGCGGCGGGACGAACCUCUGCGGGGCGGACUACGAUGCGGUCGUCAAGUUCAAAGAUAUAGCGUGA